AUGUCAUACCCUCACUUUUUUGUUUCCAAAAAACAUAAAGAUGGCGUUUCUCAGGUUCAACUGCAACUGGAUCUUUAUGAAUUAUUAAAAAAUAUUGGUGAUAGUAUAAAGAAAGAUGGCGUUUUUGUCCAUGAGGUUUUACGCCCUCUUGUCGAUUAUAUCAUUCUUGAAACUGUUGUUGGACCCGGUUAUUUAGCAUUUCUUCUUAAUGACGGUCGGGUCUGCCGCGUUGCUUUUUCGCUACUUGAAGAUAAACUCGUUGGUUUAUCUGAACGAAAGAAAGGGCGUAAUCCAGAUUUAAGUAGAGAUGCAUCAUUAAACCGAGAUGGCAGUUCCGGUUCGGCUCGAUCUACUGGAAAUGCAACAGCCAUACGUAGUCUGCGCGGCUCAAUGGGUGUUAUCGGAAGACCUAGGGGAUCAAUAAAUAUUCUCCGAGAUCUCCAACGUGGAGGUAGUAUGUAUUUUCGUCCCCCUAUAGCUGCAUCUGAAAUUCCUGAGGAAUUUAUUGAACAAUGUCAAAUGGUCUUGCAGGGUAAAUCUCGACAAGCUAUUGUGCGUGAACUUCAAAGGACAAACUUAGAUGUCAAUGCGGCGGUUAAUAAUCUUCUUUCUCGUGAAGAUGAAUCAGAUUUUAAUAAUGCAUCCAGCGCUCUUGGACUUGAUGAUGACUGGGGUGAUGAUACCAUGGAUGUUUUUUCCAUCAUUCAACAGUCUGAGGGGUUAUUAAUGGAGAAUGAAAGCGAUAUACCAGAUGAGCUUUUAGAACGUACGCCAUCGCCUCGUUUUAGACGAGAGACGAUAUUAAUGGAUUUUGAUCGCACUCUGGGAGAUCAUGCUACUUACACUGACCGAAGAAAAAGGCGAAGAUUUGAGUCGAAUUUGCUUAGAAAUAGUGAGAAUUUCCGUUCAGGUGAAUCUGGUCGCAGCAUUUGGCCCUAUCUAGGCAUUUCAGAUGACAAAGAGGACGAAGGCAACCAGGAUGGUGGAACCGCUAAAGGGGCUGGUAGUUAUAUUCAGUUGGGUGAUCGACUUGAAUUUUGGACGACUAUCUCGGCUGAAUCGCCUCCUUCGCAUUUCACAGCCAUUGCUGCGCUUUAUACCGAACUCGUUGCUAUUAAUACGCGCGGUGAAUUGCACCAGUGGAAAUGGCAAUCACCAGAACCCUAUAAUCCUCAUAACAUAUAUUCCCAGCCCUUUAACUUGGAUCAACCUGAGUCUGGACAUACUGUCAAUCAUCGUCAUCCUCGAGCUGCAAGCCUUGGAAUAUCCCAAGAGAAAAUCAUCUCUCUCUCUGGUUGUAUCACACGAGCGUCUAUUAUAACAUCGUCAGGUGCUGUUGCAACGUGGGUGGAUGAAAUAUUCUCCGCAUUAUUCCAAUCCAUCUUUCCAGCCAGCUCUGCAGUUUUGAACGCUGCUUCACUUGCUUUGUCUCGUUUGGAACAUCCUGCUACCUAUUUCAGCGAAUUAAAAAAUGAACAGAUUGUUCUUCUGUCUGUAGCACCACUCAUUUCUGUGGUCCAAUGUGCUUCUGGGUCUGUUUAUUGGUGGGGUGUUUUGCCUUCCUAUAUUCGGCAAAAGAAUGCCGAUAAGCAGAAGAAUCUCACUGGUGCUGCUACUACUACUAGCGAGUCCACAUCUACACGAAAUCAGGCUGUAUGUGAGGGAUCUGAGGUUGCAGCCAAGGUCACUAACGCGCCUUCCCUAAAUCCUGGGGAUUUAGUAUGUAUGAGAAAUGCUCCAAUGUUUCACGCUGGGGCUGUGGGCUUUACGCUUAUUAAUGGAAUUCCUAAAGUCGGUGUCCUGUUGGAGGACUCUUGGAAGCUCACUGACGUGUGUCGAUUUCGCGUGAAGUCGCCUUCUUCGCUUAAGAAUUUUCCUACUGAGAAACCUCAUGCCACCAUUAGUGGAAAAAGCUCUAAUUCGGCUUCUACAGAAGCUGCUCAUGCUUUAACUUGUCCCUAUGCUCAGGAGAUUGCUGCGGCCUAUGCAGCAGCAGCGGCCUCACAAAUCGAACACGAGUCCUCUCAGUUGGACACUGGAUCUGUCGAAAUGCCCCCUCCUCCAUCUCCAGCUUCUUCCACGUGUUCUGAUCAAUCUGCACCCGUCAAAGUCUCUCCUGGAACUUUCAAUUCUCAACAGCCGUUCGUUCCCUCCGUCUCUCAACAACAGUCAACCAAACAACAACCUGGUAUCUCCAAAUCUUCCGGUCAAUCUAAGAUGUCCUGCAAUGAAGAAAUCGAAGAUUGGUGCUUAAGUGAUGUGCAUUUCGUAGAAGAUGGUCGAAAUCAGCCUGUGGGCGUGCUCAUGAAGCUCGAUGGUAACAUUGCUGCUGUGAAAUUUCUCAAGGAACAGGACCGAGCUUGUCUUGCUGCGCGAUGCCCUGCAUCGCCAAUUUGUCAAUUCAUUAAUUAUAUCGCAAAGAGUGGAACUACUGCUACUGUGGGGAAACCCUUCCCAGUGUCUGGUGCUACGUCUUCGCAAUCUUCAAGUGCCUGCGUUCAUCAAGAUCCUUUCUUCUGGAUUAACGUGUACUGA